CUCCUCUAACGAAAAGUUACCCUCUCUAUAUCUACUUAUGGUAACUUCUCUCGAGGGGAGUGUCACUAGAGUGCUCGCGGGCGCCGUUUUGGAUAUCCUUGAUUUAAGUCAAUUACUGAAAUCUUGUUGUGGCACGAGAUAAUAAAAUUUCCGUCGCGGUUUCGUUAAUUCGAAAACGAGCGCAUCAAGAGCGUAACAUCAUUUCGAAUUGUGCAACCGCAUUGGUGGCUGCAGUUUCUCCUUUCGUGAAACGCAUCGUCGAUCCCAGAAAGUACUCGAAUGGAACUCUUCCACGGCAUGACAGACGGAAUGCGGGAACGGAACUGACAUGGAGUCAACCGUAACGUGAGGUAUCCGCGUUCUGUCUUUUAAAUAUCGAUUUGGUUCGUCAAGCGGCCGUUAUGUGACAACGAUGAACCGUUUUCCCACACGCCGCUCCGUCGACGGGAAUUACGUGAACGCAAUUGAGCUACAAGUAACCUAGCACAAUUACUUAUUCAUGAUGGACCAUGCUAAAAGUACAAGCACAUAUGCAAACAUGAAGAUCAUGACACAUUUGCGUAUUGUCUGUAAUUGUUAUUUUCAGGGGACAAUGUGGAAUUUCCAAAAGUUUUGGCUGCUAUAAACACUUUAGUGAACAAAUAAUACACAAGCGUUGAGAUGGACUCUCCACCGUCAUGUUCGCUAAGCGCUACUGGACCUCUCAGUGAUCUUGGUAGCAGUGGAAUUGGAGGGUCCAUUUCUAGUGAUUCUGUACGAGCGCAUCUUGCGAUCGAGAUGCAAGAGAGCGAUAUAGAAAGCAAAUCUUUGUCGCAAGAUUCUUUUGAUUAUUCGGACGGGAUGUGCGGUGAAAAUUUUAACACAUUAAAAAAAGGACCAGGAUGGCCUGACACGGAUGGGAAACUGGAAGUGGAAGUGGUUGAUGUAGCUAUUAAACCUCCGCCGGAGUUUCAAGACAGCCCUUCUCCUCCUAACUCGGAAUCUUCGUCUGCACCAAUUCUUAGCUAUGCACGAUUAAUGAGACAGAAAGUUCCGCAGUUGAUAGACGAUUAUGCUGAAAAUUUAGUACAGUCAACGAUCGAGGAAGCGUUAAUAAUAUCUUGUAGGAUAUCAUGGCCAGAAGGUAGAAUAGCGCCUGCGACGAAUCGUAUUCCGGUGGUAACACGCAGUGUUCACAAUGCAAAACGUUUCUGGGCGACGGAUUUGUUGACUCCUUCGUCGUGUCAGGGGGCUACCACACUGAUAACUCCGUACAACACUCUGAAUCGUCCAAAUUCACGAUGUUCUCUGGCUUCUUCUCGUUUGUCCAGUUCUCAUAAUUCUAUAAAUACCUCAGGACUAAGCCAUAAGGCGGACGACAGCAGUUUCAUAACGUCUGCCAUGUCGCACGACGUGUUGACGACCAGCGAGAUCAGUGAUAUGUACAAUGUGCCCUUCGACUCCGACAUUUAUACUGUACCAAUAGAUGUAGUUAGACCUUUGCACGACCUUCGAACACCGCAAAGGCCUAAACGUCAUAGACAUCACCGCAAAAGGAGAAGAAACGUGUCCGCUAGUUCCCAAAGCGAAUUAGAAGCCCAUAUUCAACAGGCGAGGCAUUAUUGUGGAAAGCCCCGUGCUAUUACGCAUGUUAUUAAAUCUCAGAGACUGUUAUCUGAUGUAUGUUGUAACGAGAGCGGAAACGGGAAGCGUCACAGUGUUCCAGGAACGUCUGGCCGGCACGGGACCCGAACAUCCAACGGCCAUAUGCAUAAUAUUGGCGAACCGAUUCAUAUGACUUUACACGAAGUGCGCCAAUAUUUGCAAACGCUUUACUCGAGCUCCAGUGAUUCUAGUGAAAAUAAACUGAAACGCGAUAAUAAGGCUCCCAUAAGUCAUACACCUAUACACCUUGCGAUGCCAAAAGGUAUUAGUGUAAAUAAUAACAAUAGGUAUAGCAACCCGCAUACAGAUUCGUCGACGGAUAUUCCAAUCUCAAACAAAAAUAGCAAUGGACUGAUUCACAAUAACAAUAAUAAUAAUAACAAUAAUAAUAAUAAUAAUAAUAGUAACGUUAAGAAACAUAAAAAGAAUACGUUCGUUAGUAUUAAACAUAAAAAGGUGAAAGAGGAACCGCACAAGGAAAAGGUCGACUCCGAGCGUGAGAAGAUCAAGAAGAGUCAACGGAACUUCUCCUUGAAUCUGAAGCAGACGCUGUGUAAUAUCUUUAGAUUCAGGCGUUUGGGUUCUCCGGACCACUUUGUAGAGAAACGGAACAGCAUUGUACAGGGUGAAAUCGUAGAAGAGGAAGAAGGUGUCGAUUCUGACCAACAUGCUAAUAAUAAUAACACUACCUCGGAGGUAGAUCCCUCAGCACAAAAGCUACCUUUUUUUAAGCGUGCGUUACCGCCAUUGCCGAAAAGCAAUGGCCACGUAGGGAGUGUGGAGCAGGCAGAGGACGCGCUCACAACGAUGGUGUCUAAAGCAUGCGAAAGUCCAACAUCGAUACCACAGAUGCCGGCACCCGCACCGAAAGUUGAGGAUGAACCAGCCGAAGAUACCAGUAUGGACUUUGCUGCGAGUAUCGAGAAAGUUAAAGAUUACGGAUGGUAUUGGGGCCCAAUAUCCGGUGAAGCCGCCGAAAAGAUACUGUCUAAUGAGCCAGAUGGGUCAUUCAUUGUGCGCGACAGUAGCGACGACCAUUAUAUUUUCUCCUUAUCGUUUAGACUUAACAGUUGCGUGCGACACGUGAGAAUAGAGCAUGACCAGGGUAAUUUCAGCUUUGGGAGUUGCACAAAAUUCAAAUCGCACACGAUUGUCGAUUUCAUUGAGAACGCCGUGGAGCAUUCACGCAGCGGGCGAUAUCUGUUUUUUCUGCACCGGCGGCCAGUGUUAGGACCAAUGCGCGUGCAGCUCCUCCAUCCAGUGUCAAGAUUCAAGCAAGUUCAAAGCCUGCAGCACACGUGCAGGUUUGUUAUUCUGAAGAUGGUGCGCAGGGAUCUUAUUCCGACACUACCUCUGCCACGGCGGUUGAUCGAUUAUCUGAGCACGCCGCAUUAUUACAGCGAGCAAUUAGCAGAGCAGGAUGACAGAGCCGAGUCCCCUGUCAGCUCUUCUACCGGUGAAUUAGAAAAGAUUUGUUUCACUCCGCAAGGCCUAUCGUGAGGUACAAGCGUGUAACGUUUCGUUGGUCGUCAUUGUAAAAUAAUUGUCGAAUGUCUUAAGUAUCGUAUCGCUUAUGGUUUAAGUAUAGUGUGACGCUUUGAGAGAUUCGACGCGUUUCUGCGAUGGUAGUCGGUCAAUUCCUUCAAAGCGUUACGGUCAUUCAAUUUCACGCAACUCCGUUCGUUUCACGUGUGAUUCUGUCGAAGCAGUAUCAUUACGAAAUAUUCAAAAUGGCCGGUUCUCAUCGUAUACGUUUGUAUAUUGAUUUCACUAUUGAAUAUACACGAUAUUCGUCAUCUUAUCGAGAAGAAGGAUAAUCCGUUCCACGCAGCUCGUAUGUAGGAUUAUAAACGACGUAGUUACUUGCAUAAAACUGCUAGAAGAGAGAGAGAGAGAGAGAGAGAGAGAGAAAAACAAUGAGAAAAGAGAGAUAUAAAGACGAUGUAAAAUUCGUUGGGAGGAAAAGUCAUUUUCAAUUCAAGAAUUCGCGUUCGCGUGAUUCCAUUAAUAAUGCACAGAUAAAUUGACGUUCGAUUCAGAUACCUAUUGCGUUUCCCUUAUGUUGUCAAUAGUGAUCGUGAAAUGAAUUCCUACUAUGAAUUCUACUUGUUACAUUCGGUGGUUUCGGUUGCCGUAUCUCGUUUUUCGAAAUAACCUUACGAUUCUAUAUAACGCGAUGAACAUAUAAUAUUCGUAUAUAUUGACGCAGCGGUCGAAUAACUCCUUCUUGAGUGCCAUAUAACCUUACAUUGCUAUUCGAAAUCAGGUAUCGAAAUGGUGAAUGCAUUCGCUUCCAUUGAAUACUCGUUAACGAAUCGUCUGUUCGCCGGAGAUAAUUCAAUUAGGUAUCGGUUUACAAAGCGAACUUGAAGUCUGUAGCGCGCAUGUACGAGGGAAAGUAGAGGAGCUGCUGCUGUAUCGGUGUGAAGAAUAUUUCUUACGAUCCUCUACCACUUAUCUUUGGCUCCGUCGACGAUCCUCCUCAACUUAUUCGACCGAUUCUUCUUAGCUUCACCCGCAAUCCUUCAAAUUCGCUCGGUAAACCUCGGUACAUUGAUCGCUAUAAGACUCUGAAAGACGCGUUUUAAAUAUAGCUAAAAAGAAAAAAAAAAGAA